AUGACAAUGGCAUCCAGAGUAGGCCCCCGGAGCGCCUCGGAUGCAACGCGCUUCACCUCUACCACCCCGCACGCCGCAUCCAAGAGCUCUCCCACACCCUCCACGACAGCAGCAGCAACACCGACUACGACGGCGACGACAACAGCGACAGCAGGAACGACAAAUACAUCACAGCAGCUGCCUCCUAAGAUCCCCGGACGGCAACCGGGUGAGAGCCCCGAAGACCGCGUCCGCCGCCUCCGCGCGGCCCACGAGGCGGCGCGCAAGGCCCAGACCUCGAGCGUCGACCGCGUCAUUGGCGGCAGUCGUCGCUUCUUUGAUGUCGCGCACAAAUUUACCGUCCUCGGACUGGUCGGGUUCACGGCAAUCGCAGGCCUCGUCUCCGCCUACUCCGUCUACGACAUGGUAACCUACAACAAGCAGCGCCGCACCGACUUUGUCGAGGCCCAGCGCAAAAUGGAAGACGACUCCCUCGCCAGCGCCCGCCUCGCCUUCAUCAAUGGCACCGCCACCGACGCCCAGGUCACCCUCGUCGAGGAGGCAGACGCCCUCGCCCGCGAGACCGGCGUCAAGCUCCCGCCCCUCCUGUCCGCGCCCACCGUCACCACGCAGGCCGAAAAGUUCUUCGGUACGGGCCAGCAAAAGACCUUGGCCUCGCCAGGCGCCGCCACCACCCCGGCCUUCCCUACAACCUCUGAAGCGUCCGCCGCACCCGCCCCGCAACAAAAGAGCAGCAGUUGGUGGCCCUUUGGCGGCAGCAGCAGCAAAUCCGACGCCGCCGAGACCAGCUGGAGCGAGGAAGACGAGUCCUCGGGCGUUCGCGCCACGGAUCUCGCCCGCGCCGUCGAGGAAAGGAAAGAAUUCCUCCAGGACAAGGCCAAGGCGGCGUUUGAGCGCGAGAGGGAGAACCAGCGUCGGGGCGGACCCCUGGACCAAGUUGGCCUCCCCCCGCAGGAGGAGAAGAAGGUGGCUGAGAAGAAGGGCUGGUGGUAA